GAAAAGCAUCAUAAGGACCACCUCAUGGUGUACCCCACACUGACUCACAAAUUUAGGUUUGGUUAGAAAGAAAAAAUCCAGUUAAUUUAUAAAAUGUAAUCAUAGUAUCUCUGGAACACCAUUAAGCCACAAGGGGUUGCCAGAUACUUCCUCUUCCUCAGCAGAUCCACUUGGAAACGGUUAAAGAGCCCUCUCAGCACAGAUGAGUGUCAUUGUGUUUGCGCAUGGCAACCAAAUAAGAUGCAGCUGCUUGAGAGGCACAAUGAAACAGGGAUCACACAUGUAACAGAGAACCAGGAUCAUGUCGGAUGUGUUUCUCAGACAAUUUGAACCCGUUGGCAUUUAACGAAGGAGGCAUUUAAGAAGAGAGAGCACCCUGUCUGGUUGCAGAGCUUCCUUUCAGACAGUCUUCGCUGUGAAUUUGACCCUCGGGCCAUUCCUAUGGUGGCCAGUCAGUGUGUGGCCAUGGGCAAUGGUUCUAUAAAAGCCCCGAGGGCUGAAGAGAACAACUGCCUGCCCUCAAUCCGUAAAGACCCUGCUGGUCUGGAUAAAGAUGUCUUCAGGUUGCGGAUUGCCCACCUAGAAGCGGAGCUGGCACGUCGGGAACAAGAGUUUCGAGCUCAGGAGCUUCAGUUACAGCAUCUUCAGAAGGAACUGGAGGCCAAGGUCUCUCAGAUUGAUAAGCUCCAGGAUGCUAUUGGCUACAACAAUAUCCUGGGCUGCUCUCCACCAGUUCAAUUACACCAGAGCCACCGCUGCUUCAGUGCAAUCAACCAGGGUCCCAGCCGCUUCCAUAGGGUGGCCGUGGAAGUCCACCGUAGGCUUAAAGCAAAAGAGGGUGUCUCUGCUGAACCCACAUCAAAGAAGUUCUGUGGAGGCCUGAGAGCAGAACACGGCUUUAUUGUAAGGGCUGUCCACAAAAACUCAAACACCAAAAAGCUGAUCAACAAAGCCAUCAUAAACAAUGACUUUCUGAAGAAUCUGGAUCCACAGCACAUGAGGGAGAUGGUGGACUGUAUGUAUGAGAAGGUUUACACUGAGGGGCAGCUGGUCAUCCAGGAGGGUGAAGCUGGAAACUACCUCUACGUACUGGCAGAUGGCAUUCUGGAGGUCAUCCAGAGUGGGAAGCUGCUGGGUGACAUGCAUCCAGGUACCGCGUUUGGAGAACUCGCCAUAUUGUACAACUGUAAGAGAACAGCCACUGUUAAAGCUGUGUCCCAGUCUCACAUCUGGGCACUGGACCGCCAGACCUUCCAGACCAUCAUGAUGCAGACCACGCAGGCCCGACAAGAGGAAUACUUCAGCUUCCUGCGCAGUGUGUCUCUGCUCCGUGACCUGCCGGAGGAGAAACUAGCCAAGAUUGUUGAUUGUCUUGAAAUAGACUAUUUUGAAAAAGGGGAGUAUAUUAUUCGAGAGGGUGAAGAGGGGAACACUUUCUUUAUUAUUGCAAAAGGAGAGGUCAUAGUCACUCAAAGCACAGAGGGGUUUGCUGAACCACAGGAAAUCAAGAUACUCCGAGUCGGAGACUACUUUGGAGAGAAAGCUCUCAUCAGUGAGGAUGUUCGCUCAGCCAACAUUAUUUGCAAUGAGAGGGACACACAUUGCCUGGUGGUGGACAGAGACAAUUUCAACCAAAUGGUGGGAACAUACGAUGAGCUUCAGUCUUACCUGAAGGAAUAUGUGGAAGAGCUUUCCAGGAGUGAUGAGAAAAGAAAUGCCCUGCCAUACUCCCCUCAGAUUGACUCUGCAGAGGCUCAUGAGCUGAUGAGGCUGACAGAGAGGAUCGCCCUCCUGUCCCCACAGCAGCCUUUCCAGGAGCUUGAGGUCAUAGCUACACUUGGCAUGGGAGGAUUUGGACGAGUGGAGCUGGUGAAGCUGAAGGACGAGGACACCACCUUUGCUCUGAAGUGCAUUAAGAAGAUGCACAUUGUGGACACCAGACAGCAGGAGCACAUCUACUCUGAGAAAAAUAUCCUGCAGCAAAUCAGCUCAGGGUUUAUCAUAAGGUUAUUCCGAACAUUUCGGGAUGAUAAGUUUGUCUACAUGCUGUUGGAGGUGUGUCUUGGCGGAGAGCUGUGGACUGUGCUGCGGGACAUGAACUAUUUUGAUGAGCCCAAAGCCCGGUUCUGCACUGGUUGUGUCUCAGAGGCGUUUGAUUACCUCCACACUUUGGGCAUUAUCUACAGAGACCUGAAACCUGAAAACCUUCUACUGGAUAAUGAGGGUUAUGUCAAAAUGGCAGACUUCGGCUUUGCUAAAAAGAUUGGCCUUGGAAAGAAGACCUGGACCUUCUGUGGGACUCCAGAGUACGUGGCCCCUGAGGUCAUCAUGAACAAAGGCCAUGACUUUGGUGCAGAUUGCUGGUCUUUGGGAAUCCUCAUAUUUGAACUUCUCACUGGCAACCCACCAUUUGCUGGCUCAGACCCCAUAAAGAUUUACACCAUGGUCCUCCAUGGCAUUGAGAAGGUGGACUUCCCAAAGAGAAUAGGCAAGAGUCCAGACGACCUCAUCAGGAGACUCUGCAGGUUAAACCCAGUGGAGAGGCUGGGGAACCAAAAAAACGGCAUCAUUGACAUAAAGAAACACAAGUGGUUCCGGGGCUUCAACUGGGAGGGGUUGAGGCGCCGCAAGCUGCCGUCUCCACUGAGGAGAGAGGUAAAGGGGCCGAUGGAUCACAGUCACUUUGACAUGUUUCCUCCUGACACAGAGGAGGCUCCUGAUGAGCUGUCCGGCUGGGACAAAGACUUCUGAGGACACCGUUCAUUUUUAUUACGAGCACCCUCAGUGGAUGCACUUCCGGAAGCUGCGGUGGGUUUGCAAGCUAAGUUUUAAAGUUUACUCUGGGUGCAAAUUUACAGUCAUUUGGGGACAGAUUGUCCAAUUGGGAAAAAGCUGCUUUUAGGGUCAGUGGUUAAGGUCAGAGUUGGGUUAAGGUUAGGCUAAGGUUUAGGAUUAGUAUUUUAAUGGUAGUCAAUGUGAAGUCACCAAAGGUCUUCACUUGAAGACACAAUGGACAAGACACAACAAAGAUGAACUCUUGUCCAUUUUGUGUCUAGAUUUAGUGAUUUCCUACAUAACUGUGGAAUUCCCCCUUAGCUUUUCAGUUUCUUCUCAUGAUAUAGGUGCUGGUUUUCACCUAAAAGUGGACAAUUGGUAAAGUGUGUGUGUGUGUGUGUGUGUGUGUGUGUGUGUGUGUGU